AUGGUCGUUCAAGGGGUAGCUCGCGUGGGUAUUCAAACGGUGGUCAAGAAAUUUUUAAGUAGUUACAUUAAUAGUAAUCAAAUGUGGUUGGCUCAAGUAGCUAUAUAUAGUAAACCAAAUGUGGUUCAUUCAAGUAGUAGUUCAAAUAGUGUUUCAAAUAAUUAUUUAUGUGGUGAAGCAAAUGCAGUUUCAAAUGGUGUUAUAUCUAUUAGUAAUUCAUGUGGUUAUACAUUGAAUUUAUACAAUAGUCGAUUUAUUAUGCCAAUCAAUCUCAUCAACUAUUUUAUGAAUAUCAUUAAUUUGCUCUGGCCAAGUAAUUAUGAUAGAAAUAAAAUGGUUUUAGGAAGAGAAGGUAAAGAACACAGAAUCUUUCAUAGCUAUUCAUCAAAUAAGGUAAUAUCAUACCUCGCCACUUCAAGAAGUCCAUUAAACUUUAAUUAA